UUCACUUUAGUUCAUGUAGAGAGAAGAAAGGGAGAAGACAGAGAAAGAAAAAGAGAGGAGAGACAAGCUGGGUCUGAAAUCCCAAACGCUCACAGACACAUACACCACAGUAAGCUCCUCAGACACACAAAUAGAAAUAUACACUGAAUCCGACACAAACACACACACACACCAUCUCCAUCACAUACACUUGCAUACGGACAGCAGUAUGUUUCUAAGGACCCUGCUCCAGGCUCUCUGGCUGCUGCUGGUGUGUGUGUCUGGGACACAGGGCUAUGAGGAUGAAAUUGAGGUGAACUACGCAGAUACCUUCUACAAUGAAAUCUCUGAAGGAGAGUCGCUGGAACCCAUGCCCACACCCAUCCCGACGGUCCCCUGCAAAUUUCCAGACCUGACCAAGUGGGACAAGCUGUUCUCCAUGCUGGAGAACUCCCAGAUGAGGGAGAACAUGCUCCUGCAGUACGCUGAUGACAUUAUCAAGGUGGAAAUGGGUGCGCUUCGCGGGGAGAUGCUCAGCUUUGUAGCACAGUACGGGGGGGGCUGCAGGGUUGCCGUGGAGACAGCAGGGCAGAGGAUGUCCCUUCAGAUGGAGUCUCGUCUCCGGGACACCCUGGAGCGCCUGAACCUGAGGGAGGUCCGCAAGGAUGACCACCAGGGGCUGCUGCAGCAGCUCCUCUCGGCGGCGCGGAUGCAGGCCACCCGCCUCUCGAAGCUGGAGAUCAGCUGCCUGGGUCACCACACAGGGGCGGGAAUGUCCCCGGGGUUGGGAACACCCCUGGAGACCAAAGGGUUCCAUCCCCAUGCUCCAGCAGCAGCAGGGGGGCUCCAGCAACAGGAAGUGACAUCAGAGGAAGGGGUAGCGCCACUAGAGAGGGCACUGGCAGCCAUGGUGAUGGAGCUGAAGCAGACGAGGGCAGAGCUCACGCUGGUGCAGAGGGUGAUCCAGCGGAGUUAUCUCCCUGCUGGAUGUGAGACGGCCCUUCUCUUCCCCAUGCGUUCCAGUCGGAUCCACACCUCCGUCACCCCCGACCUCCCUCUCUCCCUCUCCUCUUUCACCAUCUGCCUUUGGGCUAAGCCCAUCAGCCUGUCCAACAGAACCGUGCUGUUCUCUUACGGAACCCGCAAGAACCCCUACCAGAUCCAGCUCCUGCUCAGCAGAAGUUCCGCCCUCUUCACAGUAGCAGGAGAGGCACACCUGGUGGAGGGGCAGGGUGUGGUGAAGGAGGGUGGGGCCCCGGGCUGGACCCACCUGUGCGGGGCGUGGAGUUCUGAGCAGGGCCUGGCAUCCCUGUGGGCCGACGGGAGGAAGGUGGCCUCCACCCCUGGGGUGGCCGAGGGGCAGGUGCUGUCCGACGGAGGCUCUCUGCUGCUUGGGCAGGAGAAGAGCACUCAAGGCCAGGGCUGGGUCGAGAACGCCUCGGACGCCAAGUUGGCGUUCGCCGGGAAGAUGACAGGAGUGAACGUGUGGGACAGAGUGCUGGCGGAGGAGGAGAUCUCCCAUCAGGCCUUGCAGGAGGGCAAGGGCUGCCAGCAGAGGGGGAACGUGGUGGCUUGGGGCACCACAGAGAUGGUGCCACACGGCGGCGUUCAAUUUAUCAACUAAACUGUAUUCUUCAUCAUCAUCCUUGUCAUAAUUAUACAAACGUUAUCAUUGCCACAGCACCUGAAACGUUGCCAUGGUACCAACAACUGAGUCUUCAUCUUUAUCAUCUUCAUCCUUGUUUUCAUCCUCGUCAUAAUCAUCCUCAUCUUUAUCAUUGUAAAGACUGAUGGCAAGCAACCAGCCAUACUGGUAGCCUAAAAUGGAGAAAGGACCAAGCUAAGACUGUGACACACAGCUGAAACCUCCCUGCAACGCUCAGAGGGACUGGAGGCAGUUCUGGAGUAAUGCACACACACACACAUCACACGAACAACGUGAGAAGCAUUAGCAUCCAUAGCUUUAGGAGACAAACGGCUUUUACCAAAAAAAAAUUAAGGAGAGAGACAGAGAGAGUAGCACACACACAGACCAUUGUGUGGAAGAAGGGACUCUCUGGGAGAGCUCUGGUUGAGCAAGUGAAAGAGUAACCACUGCUCAGACCUGCUGGAGUGGACAUGGAGGCCAAAGGCUCUGAUCUUCAUGGUUUGAGUUCCGGGUCACAAUAAGAGUUAGGGUUAAUGUAAGGGUUAAGUUAUGGUUUACUUUUAUAAAAAAUCUACAUACUUAAAGAGUAACUUUGGAAGCCUGGCUAGAGUGGCAUGGCUAUUUAAAAGCUUUGUAUUUCUAUUGUUCAAUUAU